AGUGCAGGAGCUGCCUGUCAGCCUCCCCCACUUGCUGGGCAAUUGGUAUGUUCCGGGAUGGGAGCAACUCCUUCUAGCAUCCUUCAUCCUUCAGGUAUAGUGGUCCAGACAAGCAGUGCUAACAUUGUAUCGCUUGGGACCAGUCCUUGAAGGACCAGAGGCCAGCUCUCACUCCCUUGUCAGAGACAGCUGCUUUUCUCCCCGAAUCUGCUAUUUCUAUCAUCUACAUCAAAAACCACCAGGCAACAGGGCGAGCCACCCACUUCAGCCAGAGGGGUCCCUGUUUUCCUCAAAACCCCUGGAUCUGCAGCCAACUAAAGCUUCAGAGCCAGGAUGAAAGGAGAGACCCCUGUAAACAGCACCAUGAGCAUUGGACAAGCCCGCAAGCUGGUGGAGCAGCUCAAGAUAGAAGCCAGCAUGUGCCGGAUAAAGGUAUCCAAGGCAGCCGCCGACCUGAUGACAUACUGUGAUGCUCACGCCUGUGAGGACCCCCUCAUCACCCCUGUGCCCACCUCGGAGAACCCCUUCCGGGAGAAGAAAUUCUUCUGUGCCCUCCUCUGAGCGCCUGACCCUACCCCGCCCGGACCCGUCCAGCUGUCCCUGAAGCUGCUCCCCAUUCCAAACUCUGGCCCAUCCCCCUAGGGUAUCGGAAGUACAAGUCAGCCCCCGGCCCCGUCUCUCCUCCCACCCUGGACAGCUCCAAGGAGGGCCGAGGCCGAGGGGGCGGAGGCGGAGGAGGCCUCGCGGGGCGGCCUCGCAGCCCCUGCCCGCGGGCUGACCGUGGCACCGCCCUCCCCGGCGGGGCCGCAGACCCGGGAGGGGGAGGGGGCCGGGACUCCCCGAGAGCCUAGCGGGGGCUGUUGGAAGGAGGAAUAAAAGCACUCGCUCUCG